AUGCUGAAGAUUAUGGCGUUUGUAAUGUCCCCUCCAGUUCUGUUGCCUCCACAACCUACUGAAUCCGAUCCGAAUCGCUUGCAUAGUCGCCUCGUUGUAAAUGUUGGUUUUAUGAGUGACGGCCGCCCUGGUCUAAUCGGUAGCCCCGGUGUUCGUGGACCUCAGGGUGAGCGAGGUAGCAAGGGGGCACUCGGCUCGCCCGGUCCAAUCGGUCCUCAGGGUCUUAUCGGACAGCCUGGAUCUUGUUCCCACUGUCAAGUCAACGCUCACAAACCUCAACGCCCGAAGUCACCAAGUCACGUCCCUCCAAGCGCCAUUGAGCACGAAAUCUCAGAACUUGGUUACGGUGACGAAGUUUCGAGGCAGCCAAGACCGCAAUCACCUCAGCCGCCUGCCCCGACGAGAUCUCCCGUCGUACAAAAGAAACCUCCAUCACCACCGGCUAUAGCAGUUCCGACACCGGCUUCAUACCAGCUGCCAUCACCAUCGCCAUACGCUGAAGUGAUCGAACCUGUCGACACACCCCUCGUAUCUGAACCAACAUAUAACGCUGACAGUUCGGCAGAGUUUGUACCGGAAGUAACAACCCCAGAGCCGGUGUCAUAUCAGCCUCCGCCUCCAGCAAGUUACGCCAUCUUGCCUUCCUCUACCGAAAGCCCUGCAGUCGUAACAGAGUCAUACGUCUCCGUCAAACCGACACAGGUUGAAGCAUCGCCGUAUACUUCUGCUCCAAGCUAUGGCGACCAGCCAAAUGAACCUGCCAACUCGGAGCCCGUCCAGCCCCGUCAGUCUGUCGGCUACUCCGACGACGAGCUCACAAUCAUGUCGCCAGUCCGAGCCUAUUCACAACGGGUCGUCAAAUUCGAUCGCCCUACAAUUAUCAGGACUAAGCAGGGCUACAAUGUGCAACUCGUGCCUAGCUCGUACGGAGCCAAUCCUGUCGGAAAACUAUGGGAUGCCGGUACGCCCACGAAGUAUAACCCUGCCCAUUACCAACAAUUGGCCCCACCAGCUCCACGAAAGAUGAGCCGUGGUCGCCACGAGUCCGUUGGUGAACAAACAGCCAAAAGCAGAGAUAUGGAUCAUAGAUUUCCUUCAGCAGAAGUGGAUUCGGAUCAGUUUCUGAAGAUUGUUACAUGGCAAGAAUCGGUUCCAGAUCAACAGAGUCCCACCCAAACAUCCUCUGUGGACAUUACAGGAACUGUACGCUCAUGGUACAGGAGGCUGUCCCGUCGAACGCUGUUCAUCGGUCUACUCGUCCUGCUGACCGUCCUAUUCAUCAUCGCCAUUGUCAUCACACUUGUGGUGGUGUUUGCGCUCAAGGGCGACCACCACGAUCAUGGCUUCACAGCUGUCGUCUUCACCAUACCCACUACUUCGUCUCCAACGCCAACGCCAUUUCCCUUCCCAGUCGGUUACGUCGUUGGCACGUCAUCCCGCUAUGUUCCGCUUGGCUUCGUCAGCAGUCUCAUGCCAGACACAAGAGCGUUCGCUUUCCGUCACCAGUUGCUCUCCUACGGGAACGGCUCCCUCCAUCUGAUCAACAACAACACCAUUCUGGAGGCGACAGUUCUUCUGAACACUUCGAACUGUUCUUCAUGCUCCAUUAUGGCAGCAGACGAUUACUGCUUCUCAGCAGCGAGUAAUGGCUGUCACCAGGCCCAGGUGAUCUACUGCUGUACAAACUGUUCCUAUGGAACCAAUUUCUGCCGAGUCAAGGGAGUACUUUAUGCGGUAAGAAGAUUCCGAUUCCUAGAAUCGGGAACAACUGGACAUCAACGAGGUUUUCAGCUACUGAUUUUGAAGUUACAGUUCUCCGAUCAACUGGUUGAAGCUCGGGUAUACUCAGACACAAACGGCUUGCAACUCACGACUGCCUCCCAGAUAAGCUCGCCUUCUUGUGCGGUACAGACUCACCGAAUUGGAGCUGAUGGCUCUACCUUUUCCGGGUCAAUUCAAAGUUGCCGAACAAUGCAAAACAAUUCCUCCGAAGUUAAAUAUGCUUAUCUAUCGUCGACGACACUCAACCCGGACUCAGCUAUAUCCGCUGAUAUUUUAACGGUGAUCGAUGCUGAUGGAGGUGUUCAACUAACCCAAGUCUCGACGGGUGCUGUUCUUACGUACCUACCUAUGAAAAUCAAGGAUGGCCAUCUUUUGGUCGCUAUACUCCAAGCAUCGCGUUUCUACCUACUCCGAUACACUUUGAGCACGAAAUGUGUAGCGGUGCUUGACAAUUACUACCAGACUUUCCUCUUUUCAGGUGAACUGCGGAACUUUGCCUGGGCUGGAGACUCCUUGAUGUUGUGGUACGUUGACCGAGGUGGUGUGAACGUCGUUCAAUUUCAAUUCAAGUGGGAUGACAGAUGUUGA